UCGGCCGAGCUCAGUACUUUAGUAACCAGGGGGGGUAGUGUUCAUGUGACCAACUUACUCUAGCUAUUGCGUGAGCCGUUUCUGUGCAUCAGUCGCAAUAGCCCUUGAAUGCAAUAUAUUUUUCCAAAGGCGUACUGGGGCUACUCUACAUCCGCGGUAUUGACUUUUAGCUGAUGAAAACACAAUGGACUGAAUCCCUUGAUCUUUUUGACAUCGGCACAUCAUGCAGCACUGGAGCAGCCGCUUUCCCCGAGACCCAGAAUUAGCUCGGGUGUCUUGCCGUUAACCAAGGAUCGAGAGGGCGGUGGGGAGUGGUGCCUGGGUACGCGGUACAGCUUCAAUGUGUAAAAUGACUGAGAAAGGCGAGGAGAGGGCGCCCUUGAUCGAGGAGACUGGCCACCUCCUCAAUCCCUUCGUCCACCGCCUGGAACUGAACACGGCCUAUGACAAAUUCAAGCUGGUGUUCAUGUCGGUGCUGGUGCUGCCGGUGCGGGUGGUGGGCAUCGUCGUGUGUCUGCUGGUGGCCUACGUCUUGGCCACGACGGGGCUGUGGGGACUUUCGCGGGAGGAGCUUGGUGCGCGGCCCAUGAGUGGAUGGCGCCGGAAGAUCCGAUGGUAUAUGGGCCUAACGGGUCGCAUGAUGAUGAGGUGCUAUGGAUGCCAAUGGAUCAAAAUAAAAGGGCGCUUGGCAACCAGGGCUGAAGCUCCCAUACUUAUUGUUGGGCCCCAUAGCAGUUUCUUUGAUGCCUACGCAGUUUUCUGGUCCAAUGUUCCCUGUCUGGUGAACCGCAUAGAGAACCUGCAGCUUCCCUUCUUUGGCAAAUACAUAGACUACACUCAGCCUGUGUAUGUGUGGCGAGAGGACCCCAACUCUCGACAAAACACCAUUCAGGAGAUCAAGAGUCGGGCAAGCAGUGAUGAGGACUGGCCACAAAUCAUGGUGUUUCCAGAAGGCACUUGUACCAAUCGUUCCUGUCUCAUAACCUUCAAGCCUGGCGCCUUUUACCCUGGAGUUCCUGUUCAGCCUGUUCUCAUUCGCUACAACAACCGCACAGAUUCUUUCACCUGGACAUGGGAUGGACCUGGAGCAUUGAAGAUGCUGUGGGUAACACUCUGUCAGUUCCACAAUUAUUGUGAAUUAGAAUACCUCCCUGUCUAUACUCCCAGUGAAGAAGAAAAGCAAGAUGCAAAAUUAUUUGCCAGCAAUGUUCGACAAGUUAUGGCUGAUGCUUUGGGGGUGCCAGUGGCAGACUACACCUAUGAUGACUGCCGCCUCAUGCACAAGGCCAAACUCAAGAACCUACCCUGUCAGACAGGCCUCAUUGAGUUUCUUAAGCUUCGUCAACGUCUUGGUUUGAACCUCAAAAAUGUAGAGGAAGAGUUGCUGAGUCAGUUUGCAGACAUAGCUAUCAGUGAUGGACAAAUCACUCUUCAAGAUUUUUCCAAAUACCUAGGAAUACCUGAGUCAGAGCCAGCACUUAUAGACCUGUUCAAAUUGUAUGAUAAGGACAACUCUGGGACCAUAGACUUCAGGGAGUACUUGGUGGGUUAUUGCCAGUACUCGAAACCAGCCAAUACAGAAGACACCCUAAAGUGGGCUUUCAAGUUGUUUGAUCGCGGGGGCAAAGGACGCAUUCUCCUAGAUGAUCUCAUAAAGGUUCUUCGAACCUCUCUUGACAUGACUCCAGAAGAAACUACUAGAAUUUUUAAGCAAGCAGACCAAAAUAAUAAAGGUUACAUCACAUAUGAUGAUUUUGAGGUUCAUGCCAAGAGGAAGCCAGAAUAUGCCAAGAUUUUCCUCACAUACCAAGAAAGCCUCAAGCAGGGCACUCGACAGAGGUCCAUGCACUUACCUCCACCUGGAAAAAAGAAAGCCGAAUAACGAGCAUUUUUUAUAUGCAUUGUCAUAUACUGUUUUGUAUUAAAUGGAUUUUCUUUAAAUUGGUUCUUAAGAUAAUUACUUAACAAGUAUUUUUAUGCAUUGUCAUUUUAUUGUUUUAUAUAAUAAAGAGAUUUUGUUUGAAUUGAUACUAUAGAUAGUUUUACUAAUAUAUAUAUCAGUUACCUACUGCAUUGUUGGGUUAUUGCUAUACAAACUGAUGUGACUGCUAGACAAAAUUGUGGGCCAAGUUUUUUCCCUCAUCUGUCUGCUUUUCAUUUAUUUUAUUUUUUUCAGAAAUACUUAUUGAAGCAGACCUCUUUAUCAGUAAUAUAUUAUAUAAUAUUGAAAGACAUUGCAAAUUUAUGAUUCAUAAAUUUAAAAAAAUAAAUAUUUAUAAUUAUUGUCCCAUAAUAAAAAAGUCAAGUAACCUUGACAUCAAGCAAAGCAUAAAGCAAAGCAUAAACAUGAGGACUUAACUGCUUGAAUGUUUUUCAAAUACUCUGACAAUAAUUUAUUACUUCUGAUUUCUUUGUGCUCUAUACUGUGUGACAGAUAGGAAAUGAAAGGCUUGGCAUAAAAUGUAGAACUUAAGAAUGGUUCAGGUUUCAGCAAGAUUAUAUACUUUAAAAUUUUUGAUUUGUCUUUUUUUUUUAAUAUGCAAUAAAACUUUCAGAUUCAUUUGAGUUUUUAAAUUAUAAAAUUAAGUUAGUUACGAGAGACAUUAAUACAAAAUUGUACAAAGAAAAAUUAAUUUUAUACUAAUGUGUUAAUAAUGAUAAUUUGAAUUGUCAUUGCAACUUCAUGAUAUUCUUGGAAGGAACUUUUAUUUGAUAUAAUUGUUUUCCAGUAAUGUGACACAAAUUAUUCUUGCCAAGAAGAGAUGUGUUCUUUGCAACCAGGAAUUUUGGCAGAAUACUACUACUUACUCUGAAAACAAAAUUUGCUGAUUGAUAUAUGACAUCAAUGAAAGACUUUAUGAAUUAUUUCAACACUAGAUAAGUGAAACCUAGCAUAUAAGAGCCUCCCUGUUCAGACUGGCAAUCAUAGUCAGACAUCAGAUUCUGCCUUACUUUAACUUUCAUAUCAGAUAUUUCUCAGUGUCUGUGUAUAAAGAUAACUAAGAAUUCAUUAUGUUCAGAAUGGCAACUGAACUUGAUAUACAACCCUUAUAUUUUCAGUUGUUAAUGUGGCUCAAUGGGGAAAAAUAUUUGUAUGCAAAUUUCCUAGUACAUAACUUGUUAUAAUGUCAUAUGGUGAAGUUUUAUCUUAUAUAAAUAUCCAUUUUGC